CGGUUGACGUUAACAACCUUAUCGAAUAUUCAAAAAAGGGUUACAAUAAUGACCUCUACAGCCGUUGUGCUGCUUUGCUGACAACGACUCAUUGUUAGGGACGAGAGACAUGUCUUGUCAAUAUAUCCAUAAAUCUUUGGUUUACCCUCUGAUCAGAUCUGCUGUAGAUUUUUUUUACAUUUUUUAAGUUAAAUGACUGGACCAUCGUAGAAUUGUGUGCAAAAAGAUGGACAGUCUUCUACAGAUGGGUAGGUGCAAGCAGGUACUUGUCCUAGCUAUUUUCUGUCUGUCUGCAUCCGUGAUGUACUCCUUCAUAUACCACUAUAGCACAACAGAAGAACACACCGAUCAAUUAGUUCCUCAGCAAAUAAGAGCCGUACCAUCCAUCAGUCUCAGACAACCCAAUUGCACUUGUCAGGGAAGCGGAGUGUUGGUACUGAAAGAUCACCUUCCAAAAGACCGGUAUGAUGACAUAGUCAAACGAAGAGCUGAGGAGUACAGGAAGCAUCAUAUCAGGACAAGCUCCAGUCUGAACAGGCUUAUUUUAGCUCCAUCCAACAUCCCUCUUCAAUAUCCAAUCCAGGGGUUCACUGUUGUCCCUCUUCAGAAGACUUUGAUACCAGGUUUAGCUCUCCAUGCAGCAAAAAGACAAAGUUACAAGGUGACUCUGCGUGUGUCCAGUGGUGUCCUGGCCAUCAAGGCCCUUGGAGAGGGAGACCAAGAGGGACAGGGAGAGAACGAGAUCACUGUCCAGUCUACCAGCCUAUCUGACCUCAACAAUCUUCUGGGACGAAUGACCUACACCAGCACUGUGUACCGGAUGAGGACUGGAGACUUGGCUCACUUCACGUUUGAACACCAUGAGGCUGUCUUCCCCAUUGUCAUCCAGCAGACAUCAAUGCCUGUUUUAUAUGACAUAGGAAACGAUAUCAACUACCGGGUGACCAUCGUCACCAAGACGUUUCUGAGAUACACCGAGCUGCAAGUCCUCAUCAGUAGCAUAAGGACCUAUUACAAGGACAUCAAAAUCAUCAUCGCCGACGACAGCCUGGAGCCACAGAAAGUGAACGGCUCCAACAUUGAGCAGUACAUCAUGCCCCCAGCACAGGGCUGGUUUGCUGGCAGGAACCUGGCUGUCUCUCAGGUCACGACCAAAUACUUCCUCUGGGUCGAUGACGACUUCCUGUUCACAGACAAAACCAAGAUCGAGAAUCUGGUGGAGGUGAUGGAGGCCACACCAGAACUAGACGUGGUCGGGGGCUCUGUGGCGGGCCACGGACAGUUCUACUUCUCUUUGGUGUACGAGGAGGGUAAUGGGGAGGACGGGGGUUGUCUGAAGAGAGAGGGUGCAGUGAAAUACCAACCUGUUCCAGGCUUCCCUACCUGCUCCUUCACCAGCGGUGUGAUCAACUUAUUCCUCGGUCGCACCGACGCCGUGCGCAAAGUGGGCUUUGACCCCCGGCUGAAGAGAGUGGCGCAUUCAGAGUUCUUCAUGGAUGGGUUGGGCAGUUUGCUGGUUGCCAGCUGUAGUCAUGUCAGCAUCGGCCACCAACCCAAAAUUGCAAACGCAAAGUACUCGUCGUUCCGACGUCAAAAAUCAAAAGAUUUUGAAGACAAACUAGCCCACCACUUCUUCAAGAACCACCUGAAAUGUAUCCGUUAUGGAUAGUUUACAAAGAAUUACAGUGAAAAUAGUGGCGCAAUAGUGAGGUGCACGAUUACAAAUGUGUAAUCGCGGCAUCCCGUCUGUAGUGUUGCAGUUCUCUUCAAAAAAUGUACAGGAAGCAAAUGAGUUUGAGGCGACGAAACCAGUAUCUUUUUUUUUUGUUGGACCGUUUGUGAAAAAAUAAAGGUUUUACAGAGUCACAUUUAGAACGGUCUGAAACUGUUGCUCUAGGUACUUUCUCCUCUACUGAGUUCUGUGCUCACAGGAGUGAUAAAGAGUAUAUAGUAAACAGUUGUGGUCAAAAAGUGAUUUCUGAGUUAUUCCUGUGUCCUGUGUUUAUGCCCUUUUUUUAAAGAUAUCCUGUCUGGAUGUUCUCGCUAUUUCUGGUGUGCUUGUGUAAAUUGAUAGGGCACCUGUUUCUUUGAAGUAAAGCAUAUGUUUGAAAUAAAAAGUAAUGGACUGGUGAUUUGAUGUGUGGUGAAGUAACCUUGUUGAAAUUAAAGAAUGUGUUUGAACAUU